AUGAAGGAAUAUGUGAGGGGAGAAAAAUGGAGAGGUGCGAUGGAGAAAAAGCCACUUGUGGUGUACUAUUCGAACAGCAAUUCAGUGAUUGGUGAAAUUGCACAUAAAAUCGCUCUGGACGUGAGAGCAGAUAUCUAUGAGGUGAAGACCACUAAAAGAAUCAAACGGCCACAACUCACGCAAGACGGGAGGAAGACAUUCAGUAACAUACCCAUUGUUUUUGAUUCAAUCGACUUCUCGCCAUACAAUGAGAUUUUUAUUGGCGGAGAGUGGGUUGAAAGGCAUUUAGUAGGACCAAUGAGGUCGUGGAUCAACCAGAACAAAACGUACAUUUUGCGCGACGACGUUAAACUCAUCUUUUUUGUUUUCGACAAACAAGGGAAAAAGAUCAACAAGGCAUUCAAAGAAAUGGUCGAGCUGUUGGGAGAACCCCAUAGAAGACUCAUUAUAACGCCAUUGGAUUACCCGUAUCAUUCAUUGCCAAGAAAAGUUGGAUAUCACACGAGUUCAUCAGAACAAGAUGAGGUUUACUGUGAUGAGAAAAUGAGUAGCGAUGGUGUUAAUGUUGUUGAAAAAAUUUCCACAAAAAGUUGUGGCCCCAUGCAAAAACAACGAGUUGAAAAUUUUGAACAAGGAAUACGUAUAGAGUAA